CAACGUCUCCGACUAUGCUCCGUCUCCCGGAGACCGCAGCCUUUCGUCCGGCCCGCAUUCCCCUGCUGUGUCGCUGAGCUACGAGCUAUGCCAUCAUAUCGGUCUCCCUGUCCGAGCCUUCCACAGAACCACGCAGGAUGUAUUUUAACAGGCGAUCGAAGAAGAUCCACAGCGAGGGAGAGCAGUUAGUGUUGACCCCUCUUAGCCAGGAGUCCCCCCAGCACGGGCUCCCCAGCCAGCCCCUGACCCCGGACCAGCCCACGGCCACGGGCUCCACCAUGCGCUCCCGUCUGGCCGACACGUUUGACAAAACCUCGCCUCUCUCCCAUCAAUCGAACGGUGCAGGACCUGCUUGCUCGUCCGCCGGUUACCGCAAGGCAGACGAUGAGAUGUCCGGGACCACUUCACAGGCGGACCCUGUAGACGCCACAGCGAGGAUCGUCUUCCUCAACCACCCCCAGAACACCAAGUUCUGCGACAACCAUGUCAGCACGACCAAAUAUGGGAUCCUCACCUUCCUGCCGCGGUUCCUGUAUGAGCAGAUCCGGCGGGCGGCCAACGCCUUUUUCCUCUUCAUUGCGCUGAUGCAGCAAAUCCCCGAUGUCUCUCCCACGGGGCGCUACACCACGCUGGUGCCCCUCAUCUUCAUCCUCACGGUGGCCGGGAUCAAAGAGAUCAUCGAGGACUACAAGAGACACAAAGCAGACAACACCGUGAACAAGAAAAAGACAACAGUGCUGCGGAAUGGCACCUGGCAAACAGUCAUAUGGAAACAGGUGGCAGUUGGGGACAUAGUGAAGGUGACCAAUGGCCAGCAUCUCCCAGCUGACAUGGUCAUAGUGUCCUCCAGUGAGCCCCAAGCCAUGUGCUACAUAGAAACCUCCAAUCUGGAUGGAGAAACUAACCUGAAGAUCCGACAGGGACUGUCCCUGACGGCAGGACUGCAGUCCCUGGACGACCUGGUGGCCCUCACGGGUCGCCUGGAGUGUGAGGGACCCAACAGGCAUCUCUAUGACUUCACCGGCACGCUGCGCCUGGACAACCUGAACCCAGCUCCUCUUGGUCCAGACCAGGUGUUGUUGCGUGGAGCCCAGCUCAGAAACACCCAGUGGGUUGUGGGUAUUGUAGUCUACACCGGGCACGACUCCAAAUUGAUGCAGAACUCCACCAAGGCGCCCCUGAAGCGCUCCAACGUGGAGCGGGUGACCAACAUGCAGAUCCUGGUGCUCUUCUGCAUCCUGCUGGUCAUGGCCAUCAUCAGCUCGGUGGGCGCCGCCAUCUGGAACAAGCAGCACACCGAUGAGUCCUGCUGGUACCUGUCCCGCGCAGGUGACAUAUCAUACAACUUCUGGUACAACCUCCUGACCUUCAUCAUCCUGUACAACAACCUGAUUCCCAUCAGUCUUCUGGUCACUCUCGAGGUGGUCAAGUUCACACAGGCACUCUUCAUCAACUGGGAUGUUGAGAUGUAUUACGCAGAAACAGACACCCCGGCUAUGGCUCGAACGUCCAAUCUCAAUGAAGAACUCGGACAGGUGAAGUAUCUCUUCUCCGAUAAGACAGGAACGCUCACCUGUAAUGUCAUGCACUUCAAGAAGUGCACCAUCGCUGGCAUCACAUAUGGGCAUUUUCCGGACUUGGAAUGUGAUCGAUCUAUGGAGGACUUCAGUCAUCUGCCCUCCAGCAGUAAUAACUCCACGGAGUUUGAUGACCCGGCUCUGAUUCAGAACAUCGAUAAGAACCAUCCGACAUCUCCGCAGAUCUGCGAGUUCUUGACCAUGAUGGCCGUGUGUCACACUGUGGUUCCUGAGCGGGAGGAAAACCAGAUCAUCUACCAGGCAUCCUCACCAGAUGAGGGAGCUCUGGUCAAAGGAGCCAAAGGCCUGGGCUUUGUGUUCACUGCCAGGACCCCAGACUCUGUCAUCAUUGAAGCGAGGGGGAAAGAGAAGAGCUUUGAGCUCCUGAAUGUGUUGGAGUUCUCAAGUAACCGCAAGCGCAUGUCAGUGGUGGUGAGGACUCCCAAUGGGAAGCUACGCCUUUACUGCAAAGGAGCAGACAAUGUGAUCUUUGAACGUCUAGCUGAGGUGUCCCAGUACAAAGAACAGACUGUGGCUCAUCUGGAGCAGUUUGCCACUGAGGGUCUGCGUACGCUGUGCUUUGCCUUUGUGGACCUGGAGGAGGCGGCGUACCAGGAGUGGCUGAAGGAGUACACCAGGAUCAGCACCGUGCUCAAGGACCGGGCCCAGAAGCUGGAGGAGUGCUACGAGCUCCUGGAGAAGAACCUGCAGCUGCUGGGGGCCACGGCCAUAGAGGACCGCCUGCAGGCGGGGGUUCCUGAGACCAUCGCUACACUCAUGAGGGCCGAAAUCAAGAUCUGGGUCCUGACCGGAGACAAGCAGGAAACCGCCAUCAAUAUCGGUUACUCCUGUCGCCUGGUGACCCAUGGUAUGUCCCUGAUCAUCGUCAACGAGGAUUCACUGGAUGCUACGCGCGCCACACUGACGGCCCACUGCUCGUCUCUGGGCGACUCCCUGGGGAAGGAGAACGAGCUGGCGCUCAUCAUCGACGGGCAGACGCUCAAGUACGCCCUCUCCUUCGAGGUGCGCCAGGCCUUCCUGGACCUGGCACUGUCCUGCAAGGCGGUCAUCUGCUGCAGGGUUUCUCCUCUGCAGAAGUCUGAGAUCGUGGACAUGGUGAAGCGGCACGUGAAGGCGAUCACGUUGGCCAUCGGUGACGGCGCCAAUGACGUGGGCAUGAUCCAGACCGCUCACGUGGGCGUGGGCAUCAGCGGCAACGAGGGCAUGCAGGCAACCAACUCGUCAGACUACUCCAUCGCGCAGUUCUCAUACCUGGAGAAGCUGUUGCUGGUUCACGGAGCCUGGAGUUACAACCGCGUCACUAAGUGCAUCCUGUACUGCUUCUAUAAGAAUGUGGUGCUGUACAUUAUAGAGCUCUGGUUUGCCUUUGUGAACGGCUUCUCUGGGCAGAUCCUGUUUGAACGCUGGUGUAUUGGCCUCUAUAAUGUGAUCUUCACAGCGCUGCCUCCCUUUACUCUGGGAAUCGUUGACCGGCCGUGCAGUCAGCAGAACAUGCUGCGCUUUCCCCAGCUCUACCGUAUCACUCAGAACGCAGAAGGCUUUAACACCAAGGUGUUUUGGGGUCACUGCAUAAAUGCACUCAUCCACUCAAUCAUUCUCUUCUGGUUUCCUCUGAAAGUACUGGAACACGACACUCCGUUUCCGAAUGGCAACAGUGUCGACUACCUGUUUGUGGGAAAUAUUGUUUAUACGUAUGUCGUGGUAACUGUUUGUCUGAAAGCUGGAAUGGAGACCACUGCUUGGACCAAGUUCUCCCACCUGGCUGUGUGGGGCAGUAUGGUGCUCUGGAUGCUCUUCUUCGCCGUCUAUUCCGCCAUCUGGCCCUCAAUACCCAUAGCUCCAGAUAUGCUGGGUCAGGCGGGCCGAGUGAUGCAGUGCUGGAGCUUCUGGCUGGGCCUGGUCCUGGUGCCCACUGCCUGCCUGCUCAAGGACAUCGCCUGGAACGCCGGGAGGCGCACGGUGAAGAAGUCUCUUCUGGAGGAGGUGCAGGAGUUGGAGGCGCGGGCUGUGGACCCCGGUGCGGCCGUCCUGAGAGAUGCCAGUGGACGAAGUCUGAAUGAGCGUGCCCACCUGCUGACGCGUGUCUUUAGGAAAACGCCCUCUAGUGUGGGGCGCUCCAACUCAGUGCAACAGACCGUGUCACAUGGCUAUGCGUUCUCCCAGGAAGAGCAUGGGGUGGUGUCUCAGUCCCAAGUGGUCCGCUCGUAUGACACCACCCGUCAACGUCCCAGCGUGUAACCCCUGGCAACCGCCUCACUGGUCGCCAGGGGAACACUAGGGGCAACAGCCAAUGAAGAUAGAGACUUUUUGUGACACCCUCGUCGGGUGCUACUGCUGUGGCCUUACCGGAACUGUUUAAAAAGCAUAACGCAAUGAGGAACCAGAAAAAAAACGGAUAAAAAGAAGAAAAAAAAUACAGGUGUAGAAGAUGCCUCUAGGAGCACUCAGCUGAAGCUGUUGUAGAUGGAGAGGGGGCGUGUUCUCACCACAGACUGGCCAAUCAGCAGUUGUACCACACACGGACUGAGGGGGGCCAGCCAAUCGAAUCUUAAAGGGACGCCAAAAAACUGUCGGACAUCAAAAGGCUUGAAAAAAAAACAAAACACAUAACAAAACGAAACAAAGCAACAGUGAUGUAUGUGUCUGCUCUGUAAUUGAAUCACACACAGAGAAAGUGCAAUAUCUUGUUCCUGUGUAUGUGUUCAUUAGUCUGCAUGUGUGUCCUUUAUGUAUGAUGGCACUGUGUGUGUGUGUGUGUGUGUGUGUGUGUGUGUGUGUGUGUGUGUGUGUGUGUGUGUGUGUGUGUGUGUGUGUGUGUGUGUGUGUGUGUGUGUGUGUGUGUGUGUGUGUGCGCGUGCGCGUGCGCGUGCACGUGUGUGUGCAUGUGUUUGCCUGCGUGUGUAUGUGUAACUCCCACGUGUGUAUGGUGUGCAUGUAUACACAUGCAUUGGAGAGUUUGUGUGUGGGUGUUCACGUGGGAGGAUGAGGUCUGUGUGUGUGUGUGUGUGUGUGUGUGUGUGUGUGUGUGUGUGUGU